CUGUUACCCAUCAACAACUACUCCUCUCCUCCUCAUCCUCCACCACCACCAUCACCACCACCACAACAACCACCACCACCUUCUCUCCACCCUCAUCUUCAUCAUCCCCAUCACCCACAACAACAACCAACAACACAAUAGUCCACAGCCAAGAUGCGGCUGAAAAACAAUCUAGAUGAAGUUACAGCAGCAGGGACAUGCCAAGACCAUGCCAUCGAGACUCACAGAAGCUGGAUGCCGCAUGGAGAAACUACAAUGCAGACGUCCGAGACUGUGUCGGACACGGGUUCCACAGUGACUUUGCAGACGUCUGUAGCUGGUCAGGCAGCGGUUCCCACCCAGGUUGUACAGCAGGUACCAGUGCAACAACAGGUACAGACAGUCCAACAAGUGCAGCAUGUGUACCCAGCACAAGUCCAAUACGUUGAAGGAAGUGAUACCGUCUACACAAAUGGAGCAAUUCGGACAACAACAUACCCUUAUACAGAAGCCCAGAUGUACAGCCAAAACACUGGAGGAAGUUACUUUGAUACCCAGGGUGGAUCUGCACAGGUUACUACAGUGGUCUCAUCCCACAGCAUGGUCGGUACAGGGACAAUUCAGAUGGGCGUCACUGGAGGACAAAUCAUCAGCAGUACUGGUGGAACCUACCUGAUUGGUAACUCCAUGGAAAACUCAGGCCACUCUGUGAGUCACACAACCAGAGCCUCUCCAGCAACAAUUGAAAUGGCGAUUGAGACGCUGCAAAAGUCUGACGGUCUGUCAAGUCACAGAAGUUCUCUGCUCAACAGCCAUCUCCAGUGGCUGUUAGAUAACUAUGAAACCGCUGAAGGUGUAAGUCUCCCCAGAAGUACUCUUUACAAUCAUUACCUUGGGCACUGCCAGGAGCACAAAUUAGAUCCAGUCAAUGCUGCAUCCUUCGGAAAACUCAUACGUUCAAUAUUCAUGGGGCUACGAACCAGAAGACUGGGAACCAGGGGCAACUCGAAAUAUCAUUACUACGGGAUACGCGUCAAGCCAGACUCCCCUCUUAACCGGUUACAAGAGGACAUGCAAUACAUGGCUAUGAGACAGCAACCCAUGCAGCAGAAGCAAAGGUACAAGUCUAUGCAGAAAGUGGAUGGCGUGGGAGAUGGAUUUGCAGGCAGUGGCCAACAUGGUGGUGCAUCUGUAGAACAAACGGUGAUUGCCCAAAGCCAACACCAUCAACAGUUUUUAGAUGCAUCUAGAACACUUCCAGAGUUUGCAGAAGUUGAAAUAUCUUCUCUGCCAGAUGGUACAACCUUUGAAGAUAUCAAGUCGUUGCAGAGUCUUUAUCGAGAGCACUGUGAGGCGAUCUUGGAUGUUGUUAUAAAUCUCCAGUUUAGCCUGAUUGAGAAGUUGUGGCAGACCUUCUGGCGUUAUUCACCAACAUCUACAGUUGAUGGUACCACCAUUACGGAAUCAGGCAAUCUGAGUGAAAUUGAAAGCAGGUUGCCCAAGUCCAAGCUGAUUUUGCUCUGUAAAAAUGAGGCUAUUCUGAAGUGGAUGUGCAGCUGUGACCAUGUGAUGUACCAGGCCUUGGUGGAGAUUCUCAUUCCUGAUGUCCUAAGACCAAUUCCUAGUGCCUUGACCCAAGCCGUCCGCAAUUUUGCAAAAAGCCUUGAAGGUUGGCUCUCUAGUGCCAUGUGUAAUAUUCCACAGAGAAUGACACAAACCAAGGUUGCUGCUGUAAGUGCCUUUGCCCAGACUCUGCGAAGAUACACGUCUCUAAAUCACCUGGCUCAAGCCGCACGUGCUGUGCUCCAGAACACAUCUCAGAUCAAUCAGAUGCUCAAUGACCUCAACCGUGUCGAUUUUGCCAAUGUCCAGGAGCAGGCUUCCUGGGUGUGCCAGUGUGAUGAUAACAUGGUGCAGAGGCUAGAGACGGACUUCAAGAUGACUCUUCAGCAGCAAAGCACUCUGGAGCAGUGGGCUGCCUGGUUGGACAAUGUGGUGACGCAAGCAUUGAAACCGUAUGAAGGCAGGCCAAGCUUUCCCAAAGCAGCCCGACAGUUCCUGCUGAAAUGGUCCUUUUACAGUUCAAUGGUUAUUCGAGACCUAACCUUGCGGAGCGCGGCAAGCUUUGGCUCCUUCCAUCUGAUCCGCCUUCUCUACGAUGAAUAUAUGUUUUAUUUAGUGGAGCACAGGGUUGCCCAGGCAACGGGAGAAUCACCAAUUGCAGUUAUGGGAGAGUUUAGUGACUUAAAUGAUGCAUCACCAGGAAAUAUGGAAAAAGAUGAGGGCAGCGACGUGGACAGUGACCUGGAUGAGGAACUUGAUGAUUCUGGAGAACCUCCAGCCAAGAGGGAGAAGACGGAGCUGAGUCAAGCCUUCCAGGUCGGCUGCAUGCAGCCAUCGUUGGAGGGGAGUGUACAGCAGAGCUUGGUCCUUAACCAGCUGCACAGCGAGCAUAUUGUCACAAGCACUCAGACCAUCAGGCAGUGCAGUACCACUGGGAACACCUACACUGCAGUCUAGCGGAUAUGAAGGCUUUCACAACACAGAUGUAUAAAUAUAUAUGUAUGUUGGGCUUAAGAGUAUGGCAGUAGAACAGAUAAUGCCUGAAGGUUGACUGUUGUCAAAAGUUACAUUUUGUGACCUUAACAUUGUUGUCAACCUUGCCCCGAGCACGGUUCCCUUCACCUCUAACAGUGUACAAAGAAAGUUUCUUUUCUGCCAAAUUUUUAUUUUCUUUUAAGUUUCGUUAAAUUUAUUUUUUGUAUUUUCUCUUGAAAAAAGUACUGUCACGUCUUAAAUAACAUCGCUAGAGCUAUCCCUUUCGUUUUUGCUUUUUAUACGUUAUUGAAGGCUUCGAUGUAGUUCUUCUUUUUAAUCCUUUAAACUGUCGACCACAUACACUGGAUGAAUACCACGCAGAGGCGUGAAGACUGCCCCCUAUUUGUGUCAGACACUGUCUGUGUCAGCUAUUUAUAUGUCUUGGUUAUUGUAGUGUAGUACAAAGGAGUAUCCAAGCCUCUUCUCCUACGAGUCGAUAUCAUGAACUGCAGUUCACAAUGCAGUAAGCUAAAGUUGUGACCUGUGAUACAAGUGAAAAGCAUGCUUUUGUCUUAAGUCAACAAUGCAAGCUACUUCCGUUAACUGUAUCCAUUAAUUUUUAAAUGAUAUUUGUAAACCGAGGAGCACAAACUUAAAGAUACUGCCUGCACAAAAUGCUUAGUGACUGCACCUCAGACCUCUUGUGGUGCACAGUAUCUCCAAGUGUUUCUCCUCUGUUUCUCCGUUGUAAAACUACUGACUCUGCACUGGGCAUUUAUUAUUAUUGUUAACUGGAUGUGAUAGAAUAUGAGUGCAAAAUAAAAGGAAAAUAUUCAUAUGACAACCCAAGAUGAUCUUUAACCUCUUCACCCCUGAGGACUAACGUUAGUAGAGUGGCUUACAAUCGGUUUAUAGCAACUUUUCGUUAUUCAGAUAGUAGGGCCUACCUGGGCUAUAAAAAUGGGUGAAAAUUUACCUGAUGGUAACCAAACGUACAUUUCAAGACAAAAAAUCAACUCAGGGAAGAUGGGGUUAAAGAAACUAAUGUGCUGGUUAGAUAGGAACUAAUUUUAGUUGCGAUUGCGUUCCUUCUGUCCCAGAAACACUAUUUUAUAACAGUAGUUUGUUCUGCUGCUAUUAUAAAUAAAAUAUAUAUGUAUAGAGAGAGGGUCUCACAUACGUGUCUAUAUAUAUAUAUAUAUAUAUAUAUAUAUAUAUAUAUAUAUAUACACGUGUGUGUGUAUGUUUGUGAAAAAUAUAAUUUAUAGAAUGCAAGGAAUGUAGCAACCUGCAUAGUAUUUGGGAUUCAGAGCUAUUGUCUGUUACUUGGACAAGCAGUUCUUGAUACCGAUGUUAAAAUAUUGACAUUUCUGAGAAUGCCAUUCAAUUCAGCUUUCUUUAAUUUCUUUUAAUAUUAGACUUGCCCCUUAGCUGAAUAUUGCUAAAAAAUCAAAUAUGAGAGUAAAUAAGUCAUUGGUUUUUAUACGUGAAAUUACUGAACUGUAAAA